CGCCAGGGGUUAUAUCAGGCAGCGGUUUCACUUUUGCGACCGGACAUCUCGCAGCCGCGGAGCUGCUUUGUUGUGUGCUCCUGCGCUGAGCAGGCACUGAGACCUCUUUUGCAGCGCUGACUGGCUUCCUUCGCUUCCUGGACAUAUCCGUACCGGCUCUGCACCGGGCCAUCGGGCAUCCAAGCACUGACACCCAUUCUCCUCAAGAGAAUGCCUUCAACCUUUGAGAAUGUGGUCCGGAGAGUGAUCCGGGAGCUGGACCGGAGCAGAGAGCUCAUCCUAGUGAACAGCCUUCAGAAUUCUACCAGCUUCCGGCCCUAUUCCUUGCUGAGAAGGAAACCCCCAACCUCAUGGUUCUGGAAACCCCGUUACUCAUGUGUUAACCUAUCAAUCAAAGACAUCUUGGAGCCCGAUGCCCCAGAACCAGAUUUGGAGCCUGGCAGUACCUUCCGCUUCUGUGAUAACACGGAUGGGAAGGUGUGGGGCAACAUGGAGGUGGAAGUCCCAGGACAAGGAAGGAUCUCAGGUGGGGCCACAGUGUCUGGCAGCUCCAUCACUUCAGUGAACGUGUGCAGCCUGAGUGUGGGCCCAAAUACCUGGGAUCACAUGCAUAAGGAGAGGCGCCUGCGGCAGCCGGAACCCAAGAUUCUGCAGCAGCUUCGGAGUUGCAGGGACGACGUGUAUGUGGUUACGGAGGUGCUGCAGACACAGGAGGAGGUGGAAGUCAUCCGUACACGCAAGCAGGAGGGCUCAGGCCAAUGUGCUGUGCCUGUAGCUAUGUGCUUGAAGGGUGAAGGUGAAGGCCACUUGAGCCGGGAGAAAAAGGUCACCAUCCCUAAAGGCAGCAUCCUCGCAUUCCGGGUGGCCCAGCUGGUCAUUGACUCUGACUGGGACAUCUUUCUCUUUCCGGAUGAGAAGCGGAGGACCUUCCCACCACCCCCACCAGGAGACCAGCCACAGCAACCCUUUAGCCUCUCCUCAGUGUUGGGGCCCAUCUUUGAGCGCUUCAAGCUCCUGACAGAUGGGGUCGAUGAGGACUGGGAGGUCACAGAAGACUUCCAGGGCCUGCAGACAGAGGUGAAAGCUGCCUCUUCAGCACUGCAGAAGCUGGAGAGAGAGCUGAGGCAGGAGUUGCUGCUGAACCUGGGGAAGGUCCUGUGUGACCCCUCAGCCCUACAGGACUUAGAGGCCCUGCUGGCACAGGGCCUGUUUGGCGCCAGGCAAGUGAAGAUUCCACAGGGUCCAGCAGGUGACAUCCUUGAAUGCCUGGUGCUCCCAUCCGGAGUGCUGGUGCAGGCACUUGCAGCCCCUAUCUUUUACCUGCUGGGGGCACUGAGUGCACUGAGUGAAACCCAGCAACAGCUGCUGGCUAAGGUCCUGGACAAAGGAGACCUGUCAACACAACUUGAGCUGGUAGGCCACCUCUUGAAACAGAGCACCCCAUGGCAAGAGCAAAGUGAUGUGUCACUGCCCCCCAAGCUCCUUGAGAGUAACUGGGGAGAGGAGGCACCAAUCUGGACCUUGCUAGAGGAAUGUGGCCUGGAGCUCCAGGCGGGUGCUCCUCAGGUGCACUGGGAGCCAGAAGCACAGGGCCCCACCUGUGCACUCUAUGCUUCCCUGUCACUGCUGUCAGGACUGAGCUGAGAGUCCUGCUAACCUGUGCCCAUGCUCUAGGAGCUCCAGGAAGGGCAAGAGUCCAACUCAACUGCAAGGCCAGCUCACCAUGAUACUCUGGCGCUGGGGAAACUCAAUAAACGUAGUCUACAUGCGCUCA